AGACUUCUUCAGAGCAUGUUUCCACUAAACCUCUUUCAUUGCCACUGUGAAGUUGGGCUGAAGUUUGAUGGUCUUGCACAGCUUUCAGUAAAUGAGACAGCCAGCCCUCCACCACUUCUCUCCGUGGCAGAACUACUAGAAACAGCACAAGAGAUUUCCAAAAUGACCAUUGCACAUGAGAUUGUGUUGAACCGUGAUUUCAAAGUGCAAGAAGUCAACUUGUCACCAAACAGCCUGGAAAGCAGAGUGAAGGAAACAUUGCACAAAGCUUUCUGGGACGCUCUGAAAGAACAGCUGUCUGCAAGUCCACCAGAAUACACGCAUGUGAUUCAACUGCUGCAGGAAAUUAAAGAGUCCAUACUGUUGCUGCUGCUGCCACGGCAGAGCCGUCUGCGGAGCCAGAUUGAAGAAGCCCUGGACAUGGAGCUGAUCAGACAGGAGGCUGAGCACGGGGCUCUAGACAUUCCCAAUCUCGCCAUGUACAUCCUAGAUACAAUGGCGAUGCUGUGUGCACCCAUCAGAGAUGAGGAAGUGCAGAGACUACAGGGUGUGACAGACCCUGUUCAGCUGCUCAGGGAAAUUUUCCGGGUGCUGGAUCUGAUGAAAAUGGACAUGGCAAAUUUUACCAUCCAGAGCCUCCGGCCCCACCUGCAAGAUCAUGCUAUCCAUUAUGAACAGAAGAAAUUCCAGGAGCUCCUAGCCAAGUUGCCUAACAGUCUGGAUCACACAACUGAGUGGUUAAGCAAAGCAGCAGCAGAAGUCUCUGCAUCUUCAUCAUCCCAUCCUGAGGACCAUGGAUCGCCCACUGCACUCUCGUUGGGGGCUGUCAGCAGGAGUUCAGCUACACCAAAUCCUAUGUCUGUGUUAAACCAAGGAUACAUGAACCUACUUCAUUGGGAGCCUGGGACAGAGAAAUACCCUGAGACUCUGUUGAUGGAUCAAGCACGGCUGCAGGAGAUACAGUUGCAGGUGAAUCAGCUAACAAUCAUAGCUGCAGUCCUGCUUGUGUCCAGCAGCGUGUGUGGAAGCACCUUGUUCAGCUCGCCUGUGUUUGUAGAUAGGCUGAAACGGGUAACAAAGGCCCUUUUGGAAGGGCUUCCUUGCACCAGGUUUCAAGAAGCUUUGCUGGACAUCAGCAAUCAUGUGCACCGUGAAGUUAGUGAGGCUCUUCUGCAGCUGGAUUACCCGGCUUUCACCAGUGAGAAAUCUUCUUCCUUAAAAGGCCAGAUAAGGAGCAUUGCAGAGAAGGACAACGCAGUGCGGAGCAUAAUUGGGUUUUCACUUUUCUUAACUGGCUCGUUUUGUGACUGCUCCUUUUACACCUCCAGAGCAGCGGAUCCAUUCGUUUCUCAGUCUUCAUUUGUCUUCUACUGCCCAGAACUCUCACAAUCUCCCAAAAGGCCUCGCUCCUGUUCAGGAAGAACUGCUGGAAGUUGGCCACAGGUUUAGCAGUGUGAUUCAUCAUAACAGACAGGUGUACGGACCCUACUACCUAGCAAUUCUAAAGGAAGUUCUUCUCCCAGGGGCAGAGGCAGAAGCAGGGAUAGGUUCUUUCUAAUCCUCUCACAAAGCAUUACAUGCACUGGGGGCAGAGAGGAAGAGGACCCAGCUACUUUUCAGAAUCAUGCUUUGGCUUGUAAAGUCUGUUACAGCCAACUAAAUAGCUGUCAUGUUCUGUGUAAUGGUAUCCAGAGUACUUGUGCAGCUGGGCCAUCAUAGCUGCUGGGGAUAGUUACAUAAAUACCAACUGCCAAUUCCCCAUUGGUCUGAAUAAACCUUUAAAACAAAAAAUGCUUGUUUUUUUCAUAUUUCCCUUUACAGUUUGUCCCAUUAACUGGGAAAGCAGUGAAACAUGGCUUUUAUAUCACUGUAAUGCAUCCUGAUUCCCCCCCCCCCCCUUGACAUUAACUAUGGGUUUUAGUGUGCUUUGCUAACACACAUUUGUCUCAGCCUAGAACAGGGGAUUUGAUAGAGAUGAUUUGUGUUGAAGAUGAUAGAGCUUACUUUCUAAUCUGGAUAUAUUUUUCAAUGUCAACUAAAAAUAUGAUUUACUUCAUAUAUGCCAGCUCUGUAGCUCAGUUUAACAUUUAAUCCCCUAUGGAUGUAAUAUUGUUUGCACCAGGUUUUAUUUGGCAUACAAAUUGUAACACUAACAUGUAUGGUUAAAUGUCUGUUUUCCUCCAUCUCCUCUAUACUAAUGAAUUUCCAACACUUUGAACCAACACUAGAAAUAGAAAACUUAGUUUCUACUGGAGCAAUAUUGUGCUACCACCGCUGCCAGUGUCUUCAAUAUUCUGGUACAAUGAUAUCUCCAUUAUAUCAAAUGAUUGAUGUUGUACAGCAAGAAUUGCUUUAGCUAGAAUAUGGCUAGGGAGGGGUAGCUGUGCUUUCAUAUGUGCAUUACUGUAGGGAGCAGCCGUGUUUCUAGUUCAAACAAGGACUCAUAGGUUAUGCGCCUGCCAGUCCACUUACCUUCCAUGUUUCAAGUUGCCUAUUUGUAAGUUUGGGAUGGAGGAAAGGGAACUAGUUUUCUUCAGCCUUCAGGAUGAGAGCUGCUGCCAUUAGACUUGUAUGGGCUUCAGCCAGUCUCUGGUUCAGGCACUUUGCUAUACAUGCAUAUGGGGCAUGUUUUUAAUGAAAAGGGCCUUGACAUAAAAAAAAGGUAACACUGAAUGCUUUGGUUCCAGGCAACCAGUUCAGACUUCCACAAUAUCUACAUCACAGCAAACAAAGUCAAGUUGUGUGUCUGAGUUUAUUUAUUAAUUCAGUCUGUUCUAGGUUGUACAGUUAUGAAAACAACAAAACGACUGCUGGAAGCCCAGAAAUAUUUACAAUCUCGCCUUGUUGUAGUGAGGUCAGUCUAUGUUGUUGCACAGAUUGGUUAAGUUUGGUACCACAAGAUGUUUAAAAUUCAGACAAAAAUUUAAACAGAUUAACAGUUGUAUAUACAGGAAAAUAAAAGAAAUAAUUCAAGUAUCAAAAUA